AGCGGCAGGUCUUCCGGUUCCGGCCUGGCGAGCGCGCCGGCGGCGACAUGAAGCUGCUCACCCACAACCUGCUGAGCUCCCACGUGCGGGGGGUGGGGCCCCGCGGCUUCCCCCUGCGCCUGCAGGCCACCGAGGUGCGCAUCAACCCUGUGGAGUUCAACCCCACCUUCGUGGCGCGGAUGAUCCCCAAAGUGGAGUGGGCGGCGCUCCUGGAGGCGGCCAACACCCUGCACCUGGCGGAGGUGCCCACGGAGCCGGUCGAGGGCUACGAGUGCGACGAGGCGUUCCUGCGCAAGAUGCACCACGUGCUGCUGGAGGUGGAGGUGUUGGAGGGCACGCUGCAGUGCCCGGAGUCCGGACGGCUGUUCCCCAUCAGCCGCGGGAUCCCCAACAUGCUGCUGAGCGACGAGGAGAGCGAGAGCUGACCGCCGCCGCCCUCCGGGCAGAUCCGGCCCCUCCCCCAGUGACACACGGCACGCGCGGUGGCUUGCGCUCCGUCGUAUAUAUAUAUUUUUUUCUCAUUAAAGGUUCAAAACCAAAA